AUGGUUAUUAUGUUCAAUCCUGGUUACAUUGGGCCCAAUCCGCCCUGCUGCGACACGGACUGCACAUGCGAGAACAAUUGUCCGAAUACCGAGUGUGGGCCAUGUCCCGGACCGAAUGCACCUUGUGGCGGCUGUUCCCCGGCAGCUGAGAAGACCCAAAUGCCGCCGAACAGAGGUUACGAGCUCCAGACACUCCUCAAGGAGCCAAAUUCAAACAUCAAGUUGGCUUUGCAGCUGAGCUGCUGCUUGGGAGGAGCUGAGAAAUCAGGUUUUCUUCAUAACACUAAUGUAGCUCCAACUGAACAGCUUUUAGUUUUAGGCAUUUUAAAUUUGCCCAAAUUGAAAAUCUAUUCCAGCUCUUACUACAUACUCGGCAAUAUGCCUCGCAAGCAAUGUGGCCCCAAGAGUGAGUACAUGAAUCCCUUCUACGUUGGCCCGUAUCCUGACCAAUCAUGUGGCCCUUGUCCGUUUGGUAUAUUUUCGGGCUUUGUGCCGUGCGGAUGGCCCGAUCGCUGCAAGGGUAACAAUGACGAGAGGCAGCGUUGCUGCGUUCCAAAAGAGGCCGAAACUACGAAGAGCAUGAAAUAGGUUUUCAAUGGGCAAAUUUAUACGAAAUUGCUCAACAUACAAUAAAGCAGAAGAUGUUCAG